AUGGCUCAUGAUCUGAGGCUUUUCAGGUUGGGGGGAGGAAGGCAUGUGGUUAUAGCAAUUCAGGAUGUCUAUGGUGGUAAGAGGCUGGUAGACAAGGGUGGUCAGAGCUUGAUAACAGGUGCCAACUGCCUAUGGGAUAAGGGGUUCCUGUUGCUCAUAUACAAGGAAUAUGCCUUAAGGCAGGAAGCAGCCAUCUUGGGAAAGGAGAGGUACACCUCUGCAUUACAAGCGUGGGAGCGGUUAACGCUCCCCACGAGAGCAGCCUCAGCCCCCACACCUCUUUUCGUUGAAUUCCCUACCCACUCCCCACAGUAUAAAGAACUUUACGCUGUUCUUCUAGCUUUAAAGGCUCGCACCGACUGCGCACAGCACAGCUGGAGCUCGACAAAGGUCCCGCCAGCGUCGCCUCCCACAAGUCCGCGCGCGCCACGCCUCCCCGGCACCACUUCCGGCGCGUGUACCUCAGCCAAUCAGCGAGGACGCCGGGGACGCGCCCGCGAGCCUCCGCCAAUCAGCGGGGGCGCCGGCCCUCGGGGAGCGCGCGCGCACAGCCUGCGCAGGUUCAAAUCGCCGCCGCCGCCGCCGCCGUCGCGCAGUAUUUGCCAACGUCUGAGGCAUCGCGGGCGCAGGCUAAGGCGGGGGCCGUGCGCCCGUGCCCGCCGCCCGAGCCCCGCCAUGGCCAAGCGGCGUGCGGCCGAGCCGCUGGUGUUCCACGCGCCCUGGAAGCGGCUCCUGCGUGGCCUUCCCGACGGGCCGCCGUGCUGGGUGUCGCCGCCUCGCAAACGCAGAAUGGACGCGGCGGCGGCCGUGGCCGAGCCUCCGCCUGAGCCCCGCAAGCGCCGUGGCGGCGGGCAGCCGGAGGGCCGCGGCCUGGACACGGGCGAGCCGCCCCCACGGGCUCCGGAGCCGGGGGAGCAGCCGGACGCCCGGGCCCCCAGGGGCGGCGGCGACGGCGGGGCGGGACGCGGGGGGUCCCCGCGGGGAGACUGGGGUGCCGCGCCGGAAAGGCAGCUUAAUGAAGAAUUUUGGCAGUAUAACACCUUUCAGUACUGGAGGAACCCUUUACCACCUAUUGAUUUGGCAGAUAUUGAAGCUGUGAAUGAGGACAACUUGGCAAAAGCAAAGCUCCAGGGCCAGAGUGAAGUGGUGGAGGUUGAUAUGGAGUCCUGACAGAAGCAACUGAAGAAAUGAGGUUUUCUGCAUCUGAAGAGACAUCUUUAAAUGAAUUCAUGUGUUCUUACAAAGAAAAGUUAUUUUCCAUACUUGGUAUAUUGUUCCCAAACUUGAAAAAAUGAGGAAAAAGAUAAAUCUUUUAAAAGAUAAAUGUCUGUAGUUACUACUCAACCUUCUGAUAGGGAUUUAUGAAGGAUAUAGUGCAGUUAUAGGAAGUGUUUUAUGUAUGCAUUCCAAAAGAACAUUUUUUUGUCUCGAUUUUCACUUUGGAGAUAAAAGGAGUUCUGGUAGUUUUAAAAGUAGAUUGGGAAGUACUCAGAAUAUUCCCCGUUUGCACACAAAAAAGCUGGUUUGUGGUACAUAAAAUGAAUAUUGCUUUAUAAUAACUGUAAUUAAUAAAAUGUUUUCUGAUACAUAUUGCU